AUGCGUCUCACAGCCGAGCUCAUCCAAUCCUCCCUCUCCUACCUCAAUCCGCUCAAAGAGCGAGAAUUAGACCUACGAGGACAUAAGAUUCCCGCGAUUGAGAACUUGGGUGUUGCCGGUCCACACGAUGCAAUCGACUUUACAGACAACGAUAUCCAGCUCCUAGGCAACUUCCCCCUCUCGCCGCGAUUACACACCCUCCUCCUCGCCCGGAAUCGCAUCUCGAGUAUCCAGUCCUCACUCGCGAACUCGCUGCCGAAUCUCACGACGUUGGUUUUGACGGCGAAUAACUUUGCGGAAUUGGCGGAUUUGGAUGUGUUGGGGACAUUUCCGCGACUUACGCAUUUGGUGUUGAUGGAGAAUCCGGUCACAAGAAAGGAGAACUAUCGGUACUGGGUCUUGUGGAGAUGCCCUGCUGUGAGAUUUCUGGACUAUACGAAGGUGAAGAUGGUAGAGCGCGAGAAGGCAAAGGAGCUUUUCGGUACUGCUGCUGAGCCAUCUGCUCUUGCUUCCAAGAUCAUGGGCGUCAAAUCUCGGACAUUCGAUAUUCCAACAGCGAACGGCACAUCAGCAACUUCGUCAUCAAAGAACUACCGAGUCAAGCUCACAGACAAGGAACGAAAGAAGGUAGAAGAGCUUAUUAGGAAUGCCAAGAGCUUGCAAGACAUUAUCCGUCUAGAGAAGGAGCUCAAUGAAGGACGAGUACCAGUCGGUGCGCAAGGUGCAGACGAUGAGAUGGAGGAAUGAUCUUCUGGUGUGCUCGGAGUGGUGCUUUGGCAUUCAAACAAGCUUCAGCAUAAUUGGCGUUUACGGCACGACGAUUGAAAAAGUACGGGCGUUUUUUCCUGGCUAUUGAGCAACUCAUCGAUAUCGAUGUGGAUAUAGAAAAGUGGCUCUACUUGUUUGCACUAAGUAAUCACAUAUAAAUCUUCGUCCAAAGAUGGC